UUUCCACUGGGCCUAGGAGAUGGGCAAUUCUAUUCCUGGACAGAUGGUCUGAGAAGAAAAGACUGGCAUGACUAUGAGAGCAUUCAGAAAGAUGCUUUGCGCUCAGGGAAAGGUGAACAUGGAAAACCAUACCCCCUUACCGAAGAGGACCAUGAUGACGCAGCUUACAGGGAAAACGGCUUCAACAUUUUUGUCAGCAACAAUAUUGCUCUAGAAAGGUCUCUGCCAGACAUCCGCCACGCUAACUGUAAGCACAAGAUGUACCUUGAACGGCUGCCAAACACCAGCAUCAUUAUCCCAUUUCACAAUGAAGGCUGGACCUCACUCCUGCGGACCAUACACAGUAUAAUCAACAGAACCCCAGAGAGUCUGAUAGCAGAAAUCAUUCUGGUCGAUGACUUCAGCGAUAGAGAACACUUGAAGGAUAAAUUAGAAGACUACAUGGCUCGAUUUUCCAAAGUGAGAAUUGUACGCACCAAGAAGAGGGAAGGACUCAUCCGGACCCGACUCCUGGGAGCUUCUGUGGCCAGAGGCGAGGUGCUGACCUUCCUGGACUCCCAUUGCGAGGUCAAUGUGAAUUGGCUGCCCCCUCUCCUCAACCAAAUUGCACUAAACCACAAAACCAUCGUGUGUCCCAUGAUCGAUGUCAUUGACCACAAUCACUUUGGGUAUGAGGCACAAGCUGGGGACGCCAUGCGAGGAGCCUUCGACUGGGAAAUGUACUACAAAAGAAUCCCCAUCCCUCCAGAGCUCCAGAGGGCUGAUCCCAGCGACCCUUUUGAGUCUCCUGUUAUGGCUGGAGGUCUCUUUGCAGUGGAUCGAAAGUGGUUUUGGGAACUGGGUGGCUAUGACCCAGGCUUAGAAAUCUGGGGCGGAGAACAGUAUGAAAUCUCUUUUAAGGUUUGGAUGUGUGGAGGAGAAAUGUUUGACGUUCCGUGUUCUAGAGUCGGUCAUAUCUACAGGAAGUAUGUCCCUUAUAAAGUUCCAUCUGGGACCAGCCUGGCAAGAAACCUGAAGCGCGUGGCUGAGACCUGGAUGGAUGAAUUCGCUGAGUACAUUUACCAGCGGCGGCCAGAGUACAGGCACCUCUCCACCGGAGACAUCUCUGCCCAGAAGGAGCUGCGGAAGCGACUCAAGUGCAAAGACUUCAAAUGGUUCAUGGCUGCGGUGGCCUGGGACGUCCCUAAGUACUACCCUCCAGUUGAGCCCCUGCCUGCGGCGUGGGGUGAGAUUCGAAAUGUGGCAGCCAACUUAUGUGUGGAUAGCAAACAUGGAGCCACAGGGACGGAACUGAGGCUGGACAUCUGUGUCAAGGAUGGUUCCGAAAGGACAUGGUCUCAUGAACAGCUCUUUACUUUCGGGUGGAGAGAAGAUAUUCGACCCGGUGAGCCUCUGCACACCCGGAAAUUCUGCCUGGAUGCCAUCUCACACAGCAGCCCUGUCACCCUCUACGACUGUCACGGCAUGAAAGGGAACCAGCUCUGGGGAUACCGGGAGGACAGAACAUUAUUUCAUCCUGUGAGUAACAGCUGUAUGGACUGCAACCCUGCAGAGAAGAAGAUUUUCAUGGCCAGAUGUGACCCUCUAUCUGAGACUCAGCAAUGGAUUUUUGAACAUAUCAACAUGACUGUUUUAGAAAAAAUUAGCCACUAUGCCAUCUCCUAGAAAGGAAAGAAGAGAGAUUACCUACAGGUUGUGAACUGUGUGGUUGCAGGCGUCUGGGUCAAAGGAGUCAGGAAUAACAUUUCCUAGAUCCAGGAAGCCUGGUUGAUAGAUGUGUAAAUGCCAUGUUAACGUAGGCUGUCCGGGGAGAAGUUCCUACAUCUGAAGAACUUGGCUGAGAACCUCACCAGCUGCUUCUGAGAACUGAAACUAGCAGUUCCCUUGCUGGCCAAGGGUAAAGAUUAUUUAGGGACUUUCACCUCGACUGCUGAGUUAAUCAAUCCUAGCAUUUCUCAGGUCAAAUCCUGCAGUAGUGAGUAGCUAUGAAUGGAUCCUAUUAAUCGGGUGGGAGGGGGGUGGAAACGGAGCGCAUGACUGCUCUGGCAACCUGAGGCUACCACAGGUCUAGAACUAGCCACGCUUAAGGGGUGAGCUGUACUCUCUGGUGCCAUUCUCUGUCUAAGAGUGGGUUAAGCAGGUUUAACCCUUUAAAGUGCUGCAGAUGAUUUUAGAGUGCUCAUACCAUUUUUUCUCUUUUCUUUUGUCUUCUCUUUAAACAAGGGUACACGGCAUUGAAGAAUUGCAUUACAUGUUUUCAUCUUCAAUUACUUUUCUUCCAAGGUCCAUGUAAUCUCUCAUGGUUCAUAAGAGCUCAUAGCCCACCGAUUAGCUGAAGUUCUAACUCAGUGUCCUUAGAUGAAUGAAUCCAGUUAAGAACAAAAAAACAAACAAAAACUAUGCUACCCAGUUACUCCAAAGAAAGAUUUUGAAGAAGCAACAGAAUAUCGCAAACACCCACGUGCCACACACUAGCGCACAUACACACACACACACACACACACACGCAUACACACACACACAAGCACACUCACACAUGUACACACACACAAGUUAGGGGAGAAAUUUCCCUAUGAAAUCUAUUUUUACUUUUCUAUUAUUUUUAAAUAAAAAUCUGAUGUUGGUCCAGUCAUAAUUUUUAUUAAAGAAGGCAAUGGAGUGGGUUCAUUGUAAUUUGUUUAGUCUAUCCUAAAUAAAUCUUCACUCCAAGUGAUGUGGAAAUGGCCUCAUUCACUUUAAUUCUGUUUACUCUGAGAGCUUUAAAAGUGGUGUUAUUUAAUUAUUAGUUUUGAAGCCUCCUCCCCAUUAUUGAAAAUAAUGGUAUUGUUGUUUUAUUCAGAAGCCCAGAAAAGGAAUUACCAUUAAUAAAGCAUUUCUGAUGCCAUUUUCUGUUAAUGGGCAAUAUUUCAGGGGUCUGAAAAAGGAAGUAACUUCAAAAUUAAUGAAAUAAUAUUUAAUCCUUUAAAUAAUUUUUCCCUUUUCAAUAAUGAUGGAGUGGAGAGAAGAAUGUACAGGAAAGAAGAUCUUCAGAGGGGAAGGCACAUGUGUUAUGCAUUCGCUGUUUUGAGUACAGGUUCUUCCUACAUUGCUUUUACUAUUUUUUGAUGUAGUUUCCUUAUUGAUAAAAAUAUAUACAUUGAGAUGACCUAUAAAUUUUGGACAUAGAUUACUGAAGUUCAGGACAGAAAGAUCCAGAAAAGUCUGUCGUUUUCUGCUGUUGUUGUUUGUUUGUUUAUUUUGUUUCUCUUGGGUUUGUUUUUUAAAAUAAAUAACAAAAGCCCAGAGAGGCCCAGCUUCUGGGGGGCUUUUCACCUGGAUGCCUCACUCAGUGGAAAAGAAUCCUGUACUUCCCUCAAGAUGCCCAAUCAUUCAGAAGCCUAAUAUAUGAUACAUCUUCUUGAAAAUGUGCACGAUUAUUUUCUGUCCUCUAUCCCUAAUCAAAUAUAUAUAGUUAAACCACCCUGCUAAGAAUUGGGGAAGGAUUACUUUAGUAUCUUUACUGAUUUUUUUUCCCCAAGCAUUCUUCUGAAAAGCUGUUCUUCUUAAACGGACUGUCACUGAGAUCUUUAGUAUACAUCAAGUGAUCUUGAAACAGUUAAGAUGCAUCGUGGAGAAAAUCAAUAGUGAGGAAUUAUCCUGUGUACUGAACAUCUCUAAGGAGUGAGGAAAGAUGUAUCUCAAAUGUUCUGAGACCAAGCUGGCUGGAGAUUUAGAUGAUUCUAUACAAAUUCACAUUAUGUCAUUGAACAGUUGAUUGCUACUCACAGUUGUACCAAAGACACAACCUUGGGUUGCGCACCCUGGAAGCCCAGAUUUUCUCUUAGGAUGCUCUAGUCAUGGCUAACUCACCUGGCCCUAGUCUAAGUACUGCGGCGUUUUUUGAAGUACAUGGUGAUCAAUCAAGAUUGGUCUCUUACUCUCUGAAUAAAAUACUAUUUAAAAAAUUAUUAUUUUUUCUUUAAACAGAGAAUGAAAGCUUGGGACAUUAGAUCCAAAAUUAAAACUUCCAACUAUGGGCCAGUCAUUAAUUGUGUGCACCCAGGGAACAUACAAAUGAAGUGGAACCUGGAGACUCUGCUCCUAAGCAAGUGGGCAAAGCACUUACCCAUAAAAGCACAUUGGAAGAGGUGUGUCCUAUACCACUGAAGGUCAAGCGUCUACUUGUUUGAAAUAUAAUCUGAAAAGCAUAGCACUACGUAGGUUUGCACUUUUAAUUAGCAAGAGGGAUAGAAGAGUCCUAAGAAAGACUAUUGUUCCUAGAAGGAAAUUCUUUGAGAAUUCAAUAGUAGAGUGCCCAAGGAUUCUUUUCUCAGAAUGAAGGAUGAUAUAAAGUUAAUGUAUCACAGAAGUUGCUAUUUCUCCAUCAUCAGAAGCCGUUCUGACAGAAGUAAGACAAUAAUUAAUUUUAAAGACCCUUUUGUGUAUUUACAGGGAAAGAUUAUGCUGUAAAACAAUGGGGAACUAAGUGUGUGAUUCAUAGUUUUUCAAGACUGGACGAGUACCUUGGCAAUAAUGAUACACUGGCUUCUAUGUCUACUGUUAUUUAUGUAUAUGAAUAGAAUCACAUGACUGUUUUUAAAUGUAUUCAUUCUAUCAGAAGCCUCAGUGAAUAAUGCAAGCUCCAGGAUUAUUUUAUGAAUUGAUAACAGAACUUUAUACAAUAAAUGAAUAACGCGUAAUGC